UCAAAGCCUUAUCCCAGGAGGGGCAUCAGGACAACUGUAUAUGAGACUUGUCUUGAGCUGACAAGGCCAAAUCCACGUGUGAAGUUUCUCAGGGUGCUGGGUGGGGACAGACAGCUGCGACUGUCGUCAGAAGAGCCAUGUGACCUGCUCAGCCAUUUCAGUGCGGCAGCGAUUGGGCUCACCCCUAGAGAGCGCAGCCAUGCACCCUUUGACCUAGGCUGCUGCUUUCUCUAAGGCAUGUGCUGUUCAGUCUGUUGAGAACAAGGCUACUGUGUUCAACUGUGCUCUGGAGUGAGCAAACUGCAGUGCUCCUGCUGGCUUCAGCAGCUCAUGCAAAAUGGUUUUCCUUGUGUAAAUAACAAAGCUAAUCUUCCUGAGUGUUUGUGGGAAUUCAAUAAAGUCUCAGCUUGGAGAGGGCUUCUGUGUUUUUCCAGGGGCUGAUGGGACCCUGAGAACAGGCAAUCUUCAGAGGACAGAGGACCUGGCAGUGCAGCCUGGAGAGUAUUGGAGCCGAGCCUGGCCUGAUUGCUCUCUUGGUGAUGUUGUGGAAGGGCCCAGUAGUGUCCAUGGAAUAUUCUCUGUGUUGGAUCUUGUGGAACCCUGUACAAAAAGGUUAUGAAUAUCCAGAUAUGUGCUAUUUAUCUGCUGAAGUCUGUGUAGUCCACAGUCACCCUUACUCAUUGGACCAGCCAUACCUGGUCAGCUGCUCCAAGAAUGUGGUAGGCACUCUCCAGAAUGUCUUCUCCACUGCUCGUCUGCAACCUGUGCUUUCUUCUGUAACUUCUAGACCUUCUCUGGGUCCUAGCCAAACAUUUCCAUAUGCUGGGGAGAUGAGAAACAGGGUCAUUUACUGGGAAUGUGCUUUUUCCCAUGAGUAGAUGCAUUAGUUGAGUGAUUCUCAGCCAGGGUGCUGUGGCACCCUCAGGUGUCCUGAGAUCCCUUCAAGGGUGCUGUGGAAUGCUGGCAUUAUUAGGUGUGCAAACAUGAUCCACCAGAUAAUUCUGGAGAUUCCAAAUAGGAAUCCAUAGUGACAGAAACACUAUGAGACUUGAGAGAUUCGUGCAUGAUCAAUCUGUUAUUGGCUAUUCAGCAAAACGGGUGGAGAUGUUUCCUUUGGCAUCUCUCAUCCAAUAACCAUGGAUGCCAGGGAGAGUAAUAAGGGAGAGAUCACUCUAGAUCUGUCCAGUUCAAUGCUCUUUCUCUAGUAUCUAGUCCUGCCACUGUUGGAGACAGGAUACUGGGCUAGAUGCACCAUUGGUCUGAGCCAAUCUGGCACUGCUGACGUCCUUGUGUAAAAACAUUGUGCCCUGUUGUGGUCUCUCGGAGUUCUUUCUGACAGAAUUAUUGCUGUUUUUUUUCAGUAGUUGAAAAAUGAGUGAAAACUAAGAGAUGGCAUUUUUCUAGGGUAUCUGGAGUCUAACAAAGGGGUGCCUUGAGUCUACAGAGGUUGAGAACCACUGCAUUAGUUUAUUGUCUCAGAAACCUGCCCCUCCCUGCUAUGGUGAGGAAUUAGAGAAAGAUGCAAUUAGAAAAUGUAAAUAUAACCAUGGGUGCUGUCCAAGCGCUAGCAUCUGAAGUAAGCCUGCGGGUUGGUCCUUUGCGAGUCUGUCCGGUUAGUUAGUAGGGGUGUUCUCCAUGCGGCAUCCUGUGCUGCAGCGUGCACCUCUGGACACCAGCCCCUUUGUAUGGUUGGUAUUCAGAGAUGGCCUGGCCAGAUUCCUCCAUAGACUUACAGCUGUACUUUCAGGCAAAGAUCUUUGAAGCAGAUGGUGAGGCAGGAAUGAAAGCCCACUUGGUUUUGCAGAGGUCUGAUGAGCUGGUUGCUGGAGCAGCCAUGUGGCUGUAAGCAGAGUGAACAGCCUGGAGUCAUUGCAUGCAGCAAGGAAAGCUGGGAAGGCAUCCUGCUGAGCAUGGUUUCACUGCAGGCUCCUGGCUGAGGUUUGUGCCUUGCAUAGAGGCACAGAAGUCAGGUGAUAAAUUUGGCCUCCCCCUCAGGUUGGUGGUGUUCCUUUCCCCUUCUGUUGCUGCUCUGUCUCUCUGCUUUCUGGAUGGGGAGGCAGAACAGAAAUGCCUGCUUAGACAGAGUGACAGACAGGUCCAGCCAGCUGCUGAGCCUGCAUGCCCAUCUUUGGGCUGCUCUCUGGUUGCCAAAGACCCCCCACCACCCGGGGCUGCCUCUAAAGAUAGACAAAUCCCCUUUCUCCUCCCCCCUCUCUCUGCUUUGCUGGAAGCUUCGCCACAGAUGCUGGGUAGUGAACAAUCAGUUUCAGUUAAUUGCUGCUGGAGGCGGGGAUGUGAUUUGCAGUCAUUUCAGCCACUGGGCAGGAGUUGAGAUCCUUGUGUGUGACCCACAGAAAUGGCUUUGCUGUGUUACAACAAGGGCUGUGGGCAAAGGUUUGACCUGGAUAAGAACUCCCAGGGUUCCUGUGUGUACCACCCAGGCGUCCCCAUAUUCCACGAUGCCCUGAAGGGCUGGUCUUGUUGCAAGAAAAGAACCACCGACUUCUCAGAAUUCCUUUCCAUUAAGGGCUGUACCAAGGGCUGUCACAGCAGUGAGAAGCCUCCUGAGCCCUUCAGCCAAGUGGAGACCUCUGACAAGCUGGUGGCCAAGCUAGGCAGGGAGCUCAUUGUCCAAGGACCAAAGUCGGCAGAGAAGAUGCAGCAGGAGAGGCCCAGCCGUGAUGAGCUGAGACAGCAGCUGCCAAUUAAAGUGUCCAGGUCUCUGGAGCAGGUGUUGGAGAAACUGAAUCUAGCCUCUGAAGACCAGCCCCCAAAGGGGGGCUCCUCAUGCCAGGCGGAGGCCGUCCCAGAGGUGAGAACUGGAGCCCCUUGCCAGAACCCCGGCUGCAAGGUGAUGUACCGGGGGCCGGAGAGUGACAAGGAGGCUUGUACUUUCCACCCAGGAGUUCCUGUCUUCCAUGAGGGGAUGAAGUAUUGGAGUUGCUGUGGAAUUAAAACUACAGACUUCAGCGCGUUUCUGGAGCAGCGGGGCUGCAGCACUGGGAUGCAUGCCUGGACACACAAACAGGACAAGAAGCUGGUGUCUUGUCGACAGGACUGGCAUCAGACCAGCAGCCAAGUGGUGGUGACUGUUUAUGCCAAGAACCCUCUGCCAGCGCUCAGCUGUGUGAAGGCGAAUCGCACGGUGCUUGAGGUCCGUAUCAGCUUCGAAGGGAACAGGGUUUUCCAAGCAGAGCUGGAUCUCUGGGGGGUCAUUGAGGUGGAGAAGAGCUUUGUCAACAUGGUGCCCACCAAGGUGGAGAUCACUCUGAGCAAGGCCAGCCCCAUGCUCUGGGGCAAACUGGAGCAUCCGCACAACAGGCCCCAGGUUGGAGGGGAGCAGGCCGAGAGAGAUGCAGUGGAAGCGGAAGCGCCCCAAGAAGCUCACUGGGAAGACUCCGACGACAGCUUGAGCUGGUCUGAGGAGGAAGAUGAGGGGGUGGAAGAAGCAGCAAGCAAGUGAUGCUUGGGUUGCUUCUCCAAAGGAGGGAUGGGGCCAGCUCCCUAGGAUGAGCGGGGAGCCCAGCUCCACCUCCCGAGGAAUGGCCGGAGCUUCCUGGAGACGCAGGCCCAGCGCUGAAUGUCAAGCUGCUUGCGGGGGGAGGGGAACGGGACUUGGGCUUCGCUUUCUUUCGUCCCUCUGGCACCCGCGGGGCGGGGAGGAGGUGCCAGACCUAAAGGGCUUUCAGCACAGGCACGAUGGACGGGAGGAGCAGGCAAGGAGCCUGCCUCGGGGACACACUGCCCCAGGUCCUGCCCUGCGCGACUGUUCCUGAUCCCUUGUGCCGAGACGCAGGAUUAGACCGGAGCCGAGCGGCAUCGUCUAGUGCUGCCUCCCCGCUGGAAAGCGCCGCGCAGCGCAGCGCAGCCUGCGGCCCGGGCCGGGCCCCAGCCUGUCACCUUGCCCCUGUGCUACCGCUCCGGACCCGGCGCUUCCGUCUCCCGGGGCAGAAGCAGCAAGGCCCCGGAUUCCUCUCGUCCUGUCAUUAAACGCAGUCGGGCCGUCCAGGG